AUGUCAAUCGUACUACCCGGCGUAACAUUCAUCGGUCAUAAUCGUCUGGCACCCUGUUCACUUGCCUUGCCUCAUGAUCAAUUCCCAGCGCACACUGAUUGGUCUGGCUCACCAACAAAACGUAUUACUGUUCAUCAUGGCUCUGAACCUCCACAGCUAAUUUUUGCUGAACGUCAAUCGUCCGUUGGCAUGUACAAUGUAAUUGUUGGGCGAUUUAAUGAUGACAUUCUUGUCCUCUAUUUCGGAGAAAAUGGAUGGUUAGGCUGGCAGUCGGGUAUCGACUUGCGGAAUCCGUUUCGACCGUGUGAUAUUUAUAUCAAAUUAUUUUUUGUCCCAUUUAUAUGUAAACCACAAGUAAAACAUGUACUUAUCAUCGGCCUCGGCGGUGCCAUCUUACCCAUGCUCAUUCGACAUUAUUUCCCAUCAGUUUUAAUUCAUGUGGUCGAAAUAGACGAGACGGUUAUUGAAUUAGCUUCUGAAUUUUUCGAUCUGACCGAGAUGAUGGCAAGUGGCUGUCUGCAUGUCAUGGCAGAUGAUGGUUUUCGAUAUGUGAGCGAAACAGUUCAUCGAUAUGACAUCAUUUUUAUUGAUGCAUUUAUUGAAGAAGCAAUGCCUACUCACAUGAAUACUGCGCAAUUUUUUUUCAAUUUACAUCGUAUUUUGAACAACGAUGGUUGUUUGGCGACAAACGCAAAUCUUCCUACCACGCAUGCUUUUGAUCGACUAGUACAAACGUGUUGCUCAACAUUUGAAUCGAAUGUAUCAUUCGCCCAUACGAAUAUCAUAGAAAAUGCACGUGUAAUCAUUUCGGGUACUCUAUCUUGCCUGAAACCAAUUACUUCACAAGCACAAGCCAUGGAAGAAUCCCAAAAACUCGAAUUAAAUGCACUGUUAGAAUUUAGCCUUUCACGCCUCAUCGCAUUGGCCUAUCGAGGUCUACUCAUCGACAACGAUACGGAAACAUAA